AUGCAGCUACCGGUAACCCUUGCUGUCGCCGCUUUGGCAUCGACUGUUGUCCAGGCACGAGACUUCAUCCCUCGGCCUGACAUUCAGCCUGGUCCCAUUAAGCCUUACAAGGCUAUCCCGAAGUCAACUCCUCGCACGAAGACUUGCUUUGUGAAGCCUAGCUGUACUAAGGGUCGCGAUGAUACCCCCAAGAUCAUGGCCGCCAUGCAUGAGUGCAACAACGGCGGUACCAUCGUUCUAGACAGCGAAUACAAUGUCUGCUCGCCGAUGGACCUUCGCUUCCUUAAGCACGUUGACAUUGCCAUCACUGGUACCAUCAACUUCUGCGAUGAUGUCGAUCAUUGGCUGCCUCUGCUGUUCAUGUAUGACUACCAGUUCGCCGCCAGCCAGUGGGUUAUUGGUGGCGAGGACGUCAACAUUUACGGCGCCGGAGUCGGUACUUUGAAUGGCAAUGGUCAGAACUGGUACGACCGUUUCGACACGAACAGAACCUUGAUCCGCCCUAUUCUUCUUUUGACAGACGGUCUGCGCGGUGGCUCAAUUACCGGUCUUAAGAUGCGCAACUCUGCCAAGUGGCACAACCUCAUUAUGAAUUCCAGCGACGUUCUGAUCUCAGAUUUCGACAUCUAUUCCCGGUCUACCAGCAGUUACGAGGCAAAGAAUCUAGAUGGAUGGGAUACUUACAUCUCAGACAAUAUCAUCAUCCAGAACUCCUGGGUUGAGCAUGAUGAUGACUGCGUCUCAUUUAAGCCCAACAGCACAAACAUCAUUAUCCAGGGCCUCACAUGCUUUGGGUCUCACGGUAUUUCUGUUGGCUCCCUUGGCCAGUAUCCUAAGAGCUUCGACAUCGUAGAGAAUGUGUACAUCUACAACAACACUCUCAACGGCGCCGCUGAUUCUGCUCGUAUCAAGGUGUGGCCGGGUGCUGAAACCGACUUCCAGCCCGAUCUGGCAGGCGGCGGUGGAGCUGGAUACGUUCGCAACAUCACCUACGACGGCUUCUAUGGCACCAACAAUGACAACGCCAUCAAGAUUGACCAGUGCUACGGAGAGAAGAACGCCACUCGCUGCGCCGAGUUCCCCUCCAAGAUGAACAUCUCCGACAUUGUUUUCAAGAACUUUGCCAUUACAACCAACUCAAAGAACGCCCCUCGUGCCGGUGACUUGAUCUGCAGUGGCCCUGGCACAUGCAAGAACAUCCGCGCGGACAACAUCACUAUUACUGUUCCAGGAACCCAAGAACAAUACUGGGCCUGCAGAUAUGUAGACGAGUCGUUGUUGAACCUUGGUGGUCGGGGCUGCGUGCCCGCUUGA